AUGCCAUUUGGCUCGCUCUCAGUAUCCAACACGGCCAUCCCACAGUAUGCUCCCCCGUAUCCUGUAGAUGGCAGCGACUACACAUGUGAAAAUGGUCUCAUCGUUACCUAUCAAACAUCACUCCAAUGUGUGCGCCAUCUUGUGCCGGACAUGCUGGAGCUCGAGGAUGAGCCACAAGUAACAGUGAUGGUUUUACAACACACAAUGACCUCGUUCGGACCGUACAAUGAGUAUGUCCACGCGGUCCAAGUCAAAUACAAGGGCGACACUUUUGACUACUUCCUGUCCCUGAUCCUAGACAAUGACUCGCCGAUACUCUGCGGCCGCGAACAAUUCGGCUUCCCCAAGAGGUUGGGGAAUGUGGUGUUGACGUCGAAAACGGGAUCGACAGUCGUUCACGGCUAUGUUGAGAGACCUACAGGCCAAAGGGUGAUUGAAGUCGGGUUCCAGCCGGAACAGAGACUCAGGGGUACGGUGGAGAGAACAAUCCCGGGGUUAAAUUUGAGAGUCAUCCCCUCAGUGGUUCCGGGUCAGGGUCCGUCCAUCAAAGAAUUGGUGCCAGUUGACAUCACGAUGGAGGCAAGUGAGGUUUGGGAAGGCUGUGGUUCAAUCUGCUUCCCGGAGCCGUCAAGGUUCGAUCCGAUGCAUGAAGUCAAAGUGCUUCGAUAUAUAAACGCGACUCUAGUGCGGAAGGCAGCCCUUGCGAUCCGUUUGCCGACCAAAGUGUUCCAGCUAUAA